AUGGCCGAUCUCAGCAGCUUAAUCAAGCAACGGGAAUAUGCCCAACUAAAUGUGAUUAUGCUACAAGAAAGUUGGCUCCAAAAUGAAAUUGAGGAUGAGAUAAUACACCCGGAUGGAUUCGCUAGAUAUCGCGUCGAUCGUCCUGUUUCUUAUUCCCGACAGGGAGGUGGCGUUAUCACGUAUGUCAAACGUCAGUGGUGCCAUCUGACCAAAAAUGUGUUUACUUAUUCCACGUGUUAUAUGAACGCAUCGGCAAUAAAGAAACGUGCUUUCAAAAUGCAUAAACGAGAUGCGGUGCGCUCUCUUUUCAAAUCCAUCCGGGCUGAACUUCAAAGGCUAAACUCUUUAUACGCCCGUGCUCUGCUUGACAACAAAGGUAGUCGUGAGACCUGGCAAGCCCUCAUGCGGAUCUCUGGCAUCAAAUCCUCACACCGUUCACCUGCUGCGGUGGACAUAGAUAGUCUGAACCGGAGUUUCAUCAACGGCGGAACCGCUUUCACUGCCCUAACUAAUGGAUAUGGAGUAAACACCAUUGACCCCGUCUCCAACGUUGCACUUGUCGAUAUUUAUAAAGAGUUGUCUCAGUUAAAUCCUCACAAGUCCUGCGACCCCGAUGGAGUUCCACCCACUGUCCUGAAAGAAUGUGCUACCUUCCUUUCCCCUUUACUGUGUGCACUUUUCAAUGGAUGCAUUUCGCAGCAACGUAUACCCGACUGUCGGAAACUAGCUUCUAUCAACCCUGUGCCUAAGAAGGAUCCUCAAACUUCCGUCCCAUUGCCUGCACUUCAGUUAUCCUGA